AUGAUGGACUCACAAGAGGAAAGGGCGCUGGAAGAAAAGACGGCGAUUUUCAACAGAUUCCAGAUCCUUUAUAGUGAUGAUGAGUUUGAUGAAGGAGAGAAACAAGAGAGGAUUCGAUGCCGCAGCUUCUUUGCGCCUAGACCAAAGCCGAAACCACAGCCAACCCCUAAACCUCAAGAGAAAGAGCCCCUUGUGCUAGAUCUCACCAACGAUGAGUCGCAAGAGUCGAGAGUGACGCCUAGAAGGGUCGCCUCUAUUCCAACCCCAGCACCUGCUCAAGGCGCAAAGAUUAUUAAGGGUACACCUAUGACAGCUAUGGGCCAGAAGAGCAGACUCGGCACGCUCUUGAAUCAGCGAAGUGAUGGGGCUAUUCUAGUCGAUGAUACACCUAUCCCUGACUCUACUCGUCAGACGCAAAGGCUGCUUCCUAGAAGUGGCUCCACGCCCAUAUUUGCCUCCGGAAGAACUCUUGGCCAAGUGGUCGGCGAGUCUCCUUCACCAAGCUUGGCUAUGAAGAAGCGGAAGCGCGAGUCUUCGAUCAAACUCCGGCCAGAGAGCGAGCAGAUAUUUAAGGAUCUUACUUUUUACUACGUCCCUGAUGAUGAUAUCGCGCCGGCUCGGAGGUUGCGCAUCACGAAGGCACGCGAGUUCGGUGCGACGUGGGUGCGAACGCCGCGCAUUGCGACUCAUAUCGUUGUGGAGAAACACAUCCAGUUCAAGGACCUGGAGGGCGUGUUGAAGAAAACCAAUAAGAACCUCCCACCUAAGGUGGUGAACGAGGAAUAUCCUAUCGACUGUAUCCAAUUCAAGGCACUGCUUCAAUGCAAUCAGAAGAAGUACCAACUUACAGGCCAGCCGACGGCGCCAGAUGAUGGACCUUCAGUCGCUCCGCGCAGUUCUCUAGAGUCUGUCCGAUCGUUGCCGCUUAAGCCGCCUCAGAGAAACUCGAAACGAUGGGAUCAUGUGCCUCUCCAAGGUACUCCAGAGAGGAUUGAAGAAUCACCUCAUCGGAGUCAAAUCGCCGAGACGCCUGCUCCCACGGCUUCACAUCCGGUAAUACUGAAUCUUGAAGACAUGAUCUCAUCUCAUCCUGCAAGCACCAGUAGUAAAGCGGCUCAUUCCCGAAAUGUUUCCACUACAUCAGUUGCACAUGAAACCAGCAAUGCUAAACAAACCCAAAAAGGAGAUGGUCAUGAAGACGAGUUGUCCGAGUACAUCGAGAUAAUGGAGGAGUAUAAGGACCUCCCAUUAGACGCAGAUGACGACGACGCUCAGACUGUCGCAGAUAUGGGACCAGAAGAACAGUCCAUGUCAGGCUCAGAAGACGAGAGAGCCAAUAUGCGCAAGACGAGAAGAAAGACGAGAUCAGGUCGCAAAGAUAUCGCUUUCGAGGAUCGAUUUUCGUGUAACUCUGCUGGGGUCAAGGACGCUAAAGCGGGGCAUCCAAAUGCCCGCACGAUAGAGGUCCUACAGAAGAUGGCUGACUAUUACAACCGAAUCAACGACCACUGGCGAACAACUGCGUACAGAAAAGUCAUUAGCACUUUAAAGCGCCAAGAGACAAAGAUCACAACUGCUGAAGAGGCACAGCGAUUACCCAGCGUGGGAACUCGUCUGGCGCAGAAGAUCGAGGAAAUUGUUACGACGGAUAGAUUGCAGAGGCUCGAGUACGCACAAAAAGAGCCAAUGGAUGAAGCACUUCAGCUAUUCCUCGGCAUCUAUGGUGUUGGAAACAGUCAGGCCCAACAGUGGCUGGCACAAGGUUUCAGGACACUGGACGACCUGAUGGCGAAGGCCAAACUCACGCCGAAUCAGCUGUUGGGCAUCGAGCACUAUGAUGACCUGAACACCAGGAUUCCACGUCGCGAAGUUGAAGCUCUGGGGACAGUUGUGAAGACAACUGCUCAGCGUAUUGAUCCACAAGUAGAGCUCAUCAUUGGAGGCAGUUAUCGAAGAGGAGCAGAAUCGUCCGGUGACAUUGAUUUUAUCAUUACCAAAUCGAAGACUGAGUCAUCAGCUGAACUCCGGCCUUUUCUCGACAGUUUAGUCCAACGUCUCGAAGCCGAUGGGUUUCUCGUGGCACGACUAGCAUCAUCUCGGUCUGCCAGCGACGGGAGUAAGUGGCAUGGCUGCUGUGUGCUGCCCAAGAUCAGCGGCUUCAACGACCAUGAUUACAAGCCUGUCUGGAGGCGCAUCGAUUUCCUGCUCGUGCCUGAGUCUGAGAGGGGUGCUGCCCUGCUAUAUUUCACCGGCAACGAUAUCUUUAAUCGCAGUAUGCGACUGUUGGCUUCCAAGAAAGGAAUGCGACUGAACCAACGUGGUCUGUACAAGGACGUUAUGCGAGGUCCGCAGCGUGUCAAGGUCACGGAAGGGGAGUUGGUUGAGGGAAGAGAUGAGCGGAGAAUAUUUGAAAUUCUCAAGAUCAAAUGGAGAGAGCCUCAUGAACGAUGGUGUUGA